AUGUUUUUCGACAAAAAUUUGCUAACCCCCUGCCCCAUUUUGAAACCGAACGAAAAAGAGUUUCAAGAUCCUAUUGGAUAUUUAUCAUCUGAAGCUAUAAAGAGAUUAGGAUUAAAAUAUGGUAUUUUAAAAGUGGUUCCGCCUGAGAAUUGGAAACCAAAUUUUACUUUAUCGUCAAAUUUCAAAUUUCACGUAAGGAAGCAAGUUAUAAGUGAUUUAGGGAUCACCACUAGAUCAAGAGAUUUUUUCAGAGAAAAUGUUAAUAGGUUUUUAAAAAUGAGAAGAAAGCGUCAAUUAAAGUUGUUUUUUGAAGUUGAAGGCAAGAAAAUUUACUAUUAUGAUUUGUAUAUACUUGUUGAAAAUUUGGGGGGGUACUUGAAAAUGGAUUUGUUGAAAUGGUCCGAAAUAAAUGAGAAAUUUGAUAUACAUAUUGAUUCUGAAGCUAUUAAAAAUGAAUAUGAAACAUCAAUUAGAUAUUAUGCAAAUUAUUUAAAUCAUAAAGGUAAAGUCGAAUUUCCAGAUAGUGAUUCCGAAGAUGAAUAUGAUAAUUGUUUAAUUUGUGGAGAUCAUAAUGAUCCUUCAGAAACUCUAUUAUGUGAUAAUUGUGAUAACCCUUUCCAUAUGAAGUGUUUAGAUCCUCCUUUAAAUUCGGUACCUGCAACAAACUGGUUUUGUGAUAAAUGCUUAAUUGGUACAGGAGAAUAUGGUUUUGAUGAAGAUGUUGAUACUAAAUAUUCUUUGCCUGAAUUUUAUAAAAUGUGUAAAGAUUUUGAUCAAAAAUUUAUAGAAAGUUAUAAUGAUGGUUUACCGUUGAAUGUUGAUACAAUUGAACAAAAAUUUUGGUCAUUUGUUGAUAUUGAAAAAUCAGAUUUAGAAGUUAAAUAUGGUGCUGAUAUACAUAAUCUAAAACCAGGGGAAAUAAGUGGUUUCCCCAUGAUAAAUUCUCCAGGUAUUGAACUAAAUGAAGAAAAUAAAUAUUAUAUAAAUCAUCCGUGGAAUUUAACAAAGUUACCCUUUGCAAAAGGUUCAUUAUUAAAUUAUAUAAAUACUUCAAUUUCAGGAAUGACAGUACCUUGGAUUUAUAUUGGUUCAUUAUUAUCUACAUUUUGUUGGCACGUUGAAGAUCAUUAUACGUUAUCGGCAAAUUAUUGUCAUUUUGGUGCUACAAAGAAAUGGUAUGGUAUUCCAUCAAAAUAUGCUGAUAAAUUUGAAAAAUUAAUGAAAGAUUCAGCACCUGAUUUAUUUCAAAAACAACCAGAUUUACUUCAUCAAUUAGUAACUUUAUUAUCACCAAUGAAAUUAAUUGAAAAUGGAAUUCCUUGUAUGUAUGCUGAUCAACAACCAAAUGAAUUUGUUAUAACGUUUCCAAAAGUAUAUCAUGCUGGUUUCAAUUGUGGUUUUAAUUUUAAUGAAGCUGUUAAUUUUGCAAUGGAUGAAUGGUUGAAUUAUGGUGAAAGAUCAAUAUCUGAUUAUAAACCCAUAAAGAAGGAAAAUGUAUUUAAUUUUUAUGAAUUGGUUGAAAAUAUCAUAAAAGAAUAUAAUGAAAAAGGUACUCAUAAUUAUCGUUUACUAAAAUAUUCAUUGAAAAGUUUUGAAGAUUUUACAAAGAAUCAAAUAAAGAUGUUAAAAUUACUUGAAGGAAGGAAUUUUACUAAAGAAUUUAAAGAGAAGAGUUAUAAAGCUAGAGAAUUUGAUUUAGAACAAAAAGGUGAAGUUGAUGAAGAUGAAGAAGAUGAUUUAUGUCAUAAUUGUAAAAGUAAAUUGGGUUUUCAAUAUUUUGAAAAGUUUGUAAAUAAUCAAUUAUUAACACCUGAUUCAUCACCAAAGGAAGAAUUUAUUAAACGUGAAGCAAUUAAACAAGAAGCAACGAAAAUUGCAGAAUCAACAUCUGAUGAAUUAACAAAUUUAAAUAAACCUACAUGUAUGAUGGAUGAAUUUGAUAGAUUAAUAAAUCAAGCAAAACAACAGAUACAAGAUGAUGAUGAUAAUAAUAAAAGAAGAUCAUCGAAAAGACUACAAAAACAAACUUCUCAAGAACCUAUAAAGAAAAGAAAAGUUGCUGGCAUGAAAAGGCAUCCUAAAGUUAUUGUUAAUGACAAUAAAUAUUGUUUAGAAUGUGUUUUGAAUGAUGAUAAUUUAACUUCUGGUAAAAUAAUUUAUCAAAAUGAUCUUAAGAAACAACAAGAUAUGAUUUUAGAAGCUAAGAGGAAGCUAGAAAGAUCUUUGAUUUUAAAUGUAUAA